AUGCGCUUGAGUGAUCUCUCCCCAGAACCCAUACGCCGUGGUUCAAGCGUCCUCCAACACCCCUCGCUCGUUCCCGUGGUAAGACCGCUCGGUCAACGGAUCAACUGCAUUAUACACUCAUAUCACUUCAAAGCGUAUCCCUCACCAGACAAGCAAAGUCUGGUGAAUGCCGUCAUCGCGAACUUAACGGUCGAUGGUAUGAUCAGCAACUUACAGAAGUUCACAAGUUUCCGUACCCGUUACUAUCGGAGUGAGACGGGCAAGGAGAGCCAGAAGUGGCUUUUGAAUCGUAUCACCGAAUACGCCUCACCCUCCCUGAAGCACCUCGUUAACCUCACUGAAUUCAUACACCCUUGGGGGCAGAACUCGAUCAUCCUACGAAUCAAGGGAGCUUCUAAAGCCGCGACGGCGGAGAAGGGCACUGUCGUCAUUGGCGCACACUUAGAUUCUACCAAUUAUGACCCCUUCCUGCCUGCGCCUGGAGCAGACGAUGAUGGUUCAGGAACCAUGACUAUCCUCGAAGCGUACAGAGGAUUGCUUGCUAGCAACUACACACCGGUGCAGGACGUGGAAUUCCAUUGGUACGCAGCGGAGGAGGGCGGUCUGCUCGGAUCCCAGGCUGUGGCUCAGUCCUAUGCCGAGAGAAAUGUCAAUAUCCAAUCUAUGAUUCAGUUUGAUAUGACGGCGUGGGUCAAGCGGGGAACGCGUGAAGAAAUCGGGAUCAUCACCGACUAUGUUGAUGCCGACCUCGCCGAGUUUAUACGAACCUUGGUCAACAUGUAUUGCAGUAUCCCAUAUGUCGACACGAAAUGCGGGUUUGCAUGCUCGGAUCACGCAUCGUGGAGGAAAGCCGGCUACCGUUGGGGAUUCUGUCUCGGCAACGCUCUAUUUAAUCAGGAUUGGACUGGCUUACCGACAAUCCCUAGUCGAAUCGACAUUUCGGACGAGUUCAGCUUUGAUCACAUGCUGGAAUUCUCCAAGCUUGCGGUUGGAUACAUCAUCGAAUCGGCUGGCUGGGCGAACCGUUAA